CUUCGUGCAGCGUGCACUCGAGCUGCCCGCCCUACCCGAGUCGCAGACCACCGAACGCAGAAUUCCCAUCGUCGACGACGACAGCAUCUACCUGGUGCGCCUGCUCGAGGUUCCGCUCAACAAAGUCGACAUCGACGACGACAACGAUGACACGAUCAAUUGGCCGGACACGAUUGAGGAUAAGAUGAUGCCGCACGUGGACGGCGUUGUGGCACUGUACGACAUCCAGGACAAGAGCUCCGUCGAAGACUUGCCCGAGACUUUGAAUGCGAUCACAAAAACUUCCAUACCGACCGUUCUCAUCGCCAACAAGUGCGAUACACCUCUAGCACAACGCGAAAUCGACCCGACGUCAUUCGAACAAGCUGCGAAACGCAAUCUGGGCCGUGUACCAUCAUUUCAGAUAUCUGAUUCUAACCCUGAAGGUCACAAACGUGGGCUGGUCACCCUCCUGAACGCGAUCGUGCAGGUUUCCCAAGCAUCUCCAGAAGAACAUCAACGCAGCUCUUCGGCACAUCGACGAAGAGCACAUUCGAACGCUGUGCGAUCACUGUCGCCGCGCAUACCAUCAGCGGGACAUUCACGGGCCAGUUCGGAGCAUACCGGCUUCGUGGACCUGAGGCACGCCCGUGUUGACUCCAGUUUCCCCGCCUACAACCAAGGCGAUCGUCUCAAGGUGGCUGACGACCAAAUGGUUAGCUCAUUCCUGCUCGAGGAGUCGGGGAGUGAGCCAGCCACAUUAUCGUCUCGCUCAUCAUUCAGCGGCGAUCAGGAUCGAGUGCCGGGCAGCUCGCCCUCCUCUAUACUUGCAGAGAGUGGAGCCACAUUCGAUGAGCUUGUGGAUCGCUUGCUCGAUCAACCUACUUCGAAAGCAGAUUUGAAAUACACUGACAUCUUCCUGGCGCUAUAUCGCAACUUCGCUGCCCCUGGCAAGCUUCUGGAGGCUAUUGUGCAACGCUUUGACGCAUUAGAACAGAAUGCCUCGCCCAUGAUCGCCAAGUCUGCAUCGCAACUUCGAUACCUCCAUGUUCUGCAGAAAUGGGUCAGCGGAUAUCCUGGAGACUUUGCCUUUCCUAAGACGAAACGCAGACUACAGACCUUUGCUACUAAGCUGAGUGAUAGCCGUAUCUUCGCUGCUGCUUCGCGAGAGAUUGGUCUCGCCAUUGACAUGAUAGCGGCCGAUGAUGACACAGACUGGGCGUGCAACGACAAGGACAGAUAUGCUUCGGGAGAAUUCUCUCGAAGCUCAAUGUCCUCAACAGCUAGCACACUCCUCGAUGACCCCGAGUUCAACUUCGACUCAGCGCUGAGCGGCAGCACACUCUACGACGAUAUUCCCAUGGACAACCUCCCAAAGCUUGCCAACCAACAGCUCUUGUAUGUUGAGCAAGCGCAAAGAGUUGCAUCAGGUCUGCACCCGAUACCGAGGAAUCCGCUCACCAAAAUCGAGUGGCGCAAUCUUAUGGAGAAGCCCGAUGACCUUAUAGUGAGAGAGCUGACACGAAUGGACUGGAUCAUGUUCUCAUCAAUACGACCUCGAGAUCUGGUCCGGCAUGUGUCGUUAAGCAGAGAGCAAAAGAAUGGUUGCAGAAACCUUGCCCACGUUAACCGAAUGAUCGAGCACUUCAACCAAUUAGCUUGCUGGGUGGCGAAUUACGUGCUUCUUCGCGACAAGCCCAAGCAUCGCGCGUUGAUGCUCGAAAAGUUCAUGCGGAUCGCACGGAAGCUUCGGGAGCUCAAUAAUUACAAUGCCUUGGGCGCGAUCAUUGCUGGAGUUAAAUCGACAUCGGUACACCGACUUGCGCAGACACGAGAACUCCUUCCACCACACGUUGGCAAAGACUGGCUCAAACUUGAAAUUCUGAUGGCACCUGCACGAUCGCAUUUUGCGUACCGCCUUGCGUGGGAGAAUAGCUCCACCGAGCGCAUACCUUACCUACCACUUCACCGGAGAGAUCUGGCUACUGCAGAAGAAGGCAACAAGACAUUCAUUGGUGACGAGAAGGGUGUAAGGAUCAAUUGGAGGAAAUUUGAGAUCAUGGGAGACGUCAUCGUUUCUCUGCAGAGAGCCCAAGGAGUUCCCUACAAGAAUUUGGGAGGUCUUGCCGGCAAUAAAGAGAUCAAAGAACUGAUCUUGGAUGUGAAGCUGAUAAAAGACGAAGAGGAGCUUUACGAGCGCAGUGUGGCUUGCGAGCCUACAGCAAACGCAGCCUCAGGAUCAGCGGCAAAAUUCAAGGAGUUUUUCAGGCGAUGAGAAGAAUCAAGAGCAAAUCUCGAGAAAUAUGGGCGCCGGAUCUAGGCAGGAAAGCAAUUAUGCGCGACACUUUUGGUGACGAAUAGAGGGUGAUGAUUUCGACGACCAACGACAUUUGAGCACAUAUCCGUCAUGUGAUGAAGCAGAAAAUAUUUUGGGCGCCUCUUGGGAGGAUCUGGGCAAAGAACGAGAAAGAGUCUUGACAAGCAGAUCUCGAUGCUGUUCGAGAGGAUAUGGAGGAACGCGGAAACACAGCGCGCAUGAGAAGAGGAAGCUGUCUACUACAGCUGUGCAAAGAGCGUACGUAACUCUACGUUGUUUGCAGCAAAAUUGGUCUUGUCAUAGAUUACUGCAGCCUCACGGCCGCAAGAGCUACCAUUUGUAAUAGUUUGACGACGAGAGUAGCGUACUCGGAAGCGUUUCGGUGUGUAUGUCAAGCCAUACAUUGUGAAUAAUCAGAGAAAGCCUUGUAUCUCU